UCUAUUUCGUAGUUCGCGUUAACAACUUGUCACUUAUUGUUUCCCUGUUUUCAACAAAGUUUGUUCAAAAUUUAUUCGGAUUUUAAGUUUAUUUUGCUAUCAAUUAUUCUGAAAAAAAUAUUUUUAAAUCAAUAUAAAUUAUGUGGAUAUAGUUUAAAACCUAUAUUAAAAUCAGUAUGGAUUCUGAAAUAUCAGAUUUAAAGAAGGUGUUGCGUUCGCUGGUGGUGUCGAGCCCCAGCGAGGUGGACGUUCGGACGCUGUUGCGUGAUUACCGAAAUAUGAUGGGCGGACCUAUUCCACUUGCCAAGUACGGCUAUAAAGAUGCACUAACUUUUCUUAAGGAGCGUUGUGGUGAUUGUUUUUUGUUCCAGGGGCCAGUGGACAACCCUGUAUUGACAUUGAUUGUACCCAAAACAUUACAACACAUUGAUAAAUUUGUACAGAAACAGAAGUCUUCACACAAUGUUAAGUUCAAAGGCAAGAGAAGAAGUGUCCCAGAGGCUGUUGUAAAGCCUAUAGAACAAACACAUAUUGAAAAUAACAUUGUAAAGUCAUUUAAACAGCAUCAAAGGCUCAAUGCAGAGUGUAGCACAUUCAACGAGGCUGGAACUGUAGAUGUCCAUAGUAAAGUGGAGAGCAGUAAGACAUCAGUACCUGACAUUGAUAGAUUACAAAUAGAAGAUAAGCAUCACAAUCCUGAACAAAAUGGUUGUUCUAGGAGUGCACUGAAAAACUUUUUAAAGAAAAGAAUGCCAUUGUACUGCUCCCAAGAGUUAGACACAGAUAAGACAAUAAGUGAUAAAACAUCGUCAAAGGAUUCAGGCCGGCAAACGUCCUCAAAAAUAAUAAAUUAUUAUAAAGCAGGUAGCAGGACCUCGAAAGCAGCUCUGUUUGAAGAAUUGAAACAAGAGAUACAAGACUUGUUAGCUGAUUAUCCGGAUGGAGUUUGGUGUACAGAUCUUAUUAGGUUGUACAGGGAGAAGCACGGGCGCGAGGUGAACUUCGCGCGGUUCGGGUAUACGAGCAUCGUGAGCCUGGUGUUCGCGCUGGAGCCGAGCGUGCACGCGGCGGCGGGCGACGCGGGCGACUGGCUGCUGCAGGACGCGCGGCGCGGCCCGCCCCCCGCGGCCGCCACCCGCCGCCGCCACCGCCCGCGCCCCGCCGCCCGCGCCGCUUACCGCCCCGCCGCCGCGCCACACCCAGAUGACGCGCUGCCCGGGAUUGAUUUCGACCCGGACGUGUUCCCCGAGGACUGCAUGCACUACCUGGAGAGCAUCCCGGCGGUGUCGCUGCGCGGGCUGGAGCCGGGCGCCAUGGUCGAGCUCGUGGUCGGCGAGGUGUACUCGCCCUCGCACUUCUGGGUGCUGCGCCUCGGUGAACGCUACAACAUGGCCCUCGACAACCUCAUGGACGAGAUGACGGAGUACUACACGUCCGGGGAGGGCAAGGACCGGCACCUAGCGGUGGGCGCGGCGCAGGUGGGCCAGUACUGCACCAGCCUGUACGACCGCGACUGGCACCGCUCCAUCAUCGUUAAAAUUAUAGACAGCGAAACUGUUAAGGUGCGGCACGUGGACUACGGCACGGUGGAGAGCGUGCGCGUGUCGGCGCUGAAGCCGCUGCUGCGGCGCUGGGCGGCGCUGCCGGCGCAGGCGGCGCGCGCGCGGCUGGCCGGCGUGCGGCCCGCCGGCGGCCGCCGCUGGCCGCACGCCGCCGCCGCCGCCUUCCUGCAGCGCGUGCGCGACGUGCCGCUCGUCGGCAACCUCGUCGCGCUCGACCACCAGGAGGACAUCCUGGAGCUGUUCCUGGUGGACACGAGGGGCGACGAGGACGUGUGCAUCGGCGACGAGCUCGUCCGCUACGGCCACGCCGACCCGCGCUCGGACUCCGUGCUGGCGGCGCACGAGCACCACCUGCGGCCGAGCUUCUGCGCGCUCGAGACCGGCGCCACGCCCAACUUCCUGGAGAUCGCCAGCUACCUGCGCGACGGCAUCGCGCUCGAGUACGUCGACGACUUCCGCCGCCACGUCUACACCGGCCUCUCGCCGCCGUCCUCGCCGCCGCCCUCGCCGCCGCCCUCGCCGCCGCCCUCACCACCGCCCUCGCCGCCGUCCUCGCCGUCGCCCGUGUCGCCGCCCGCGUCGCCGGCGCCGCCCGCCUCGCCGCCCGUGGCUGUCGUCGACCGCUUGUCGCUACUGCCGGCGGCGCCGCCUCCAGCCACACCCGCCGCCACGCAGUCCUCGAUCCUCAAAAUCGCCAGCACUGGCGCCGGUUCGAGCUCGACCGGAAGACUGAUCUCGAUGUCCGAUUCCCAGUCAGCGCAGAAACUGGAUGGGCUGCGGCCGGCCCCGCCCAAAACCGCGGCGUCCGAUAAGGGAGUCGUGACGCUGACGGCGGCCGAGUGCGACACGUUCCAGCUGCUGAGCAGCGUCGACACGACCGCGGCGCAUUGGUACAUGCUGAGUAAGCUGGGCCGCGCGCCCUCCACUCUCACCCUGAACGUGGCGGCGCCCGAAUUCAAGCCGAGCGUCCCGGUUGCUGCACCGCUGCUGCCGCCGCCACCGCUGCCGCCGCCGUACGCCGCGCCGCCAUGCUCGUACGCGCCGCUGUACGUGCCGUCGUACCCGGCGCCGCCCGAGCCCCGGCCGGGUCCGGCCCUGCUGCGGGGCUGGGGGCCCCCGCCGCCACCGUUCUGGUCGUACUCGGGGCCGCCGCCCGGUUUUUGAGCUCUUUGAAAGGAAGUAACGAGCGGAGUCGCAACCGCGCCGUCCGCUGCUCGUCCGCCUAAUUGUUGAAUAGAACGUAUCCGAAAUACGCAUUGGUCGUAUUUAGUGUUUUUUUUUCGUAACUUUUGUGAUAUCCAGAGACAAUAUUUGCCAUAAAAAUCUUAUGUAUAUAUAAAAUUUAUAUUCUUUUUCAAACGACAUUUUUUUAAUCACUCAGAAUUUUUUUUUAAUUAAUCGAUGCUGUUUGAUUUUCUUUUUUUGUUGUUAUUAAAAAUGGGCUAAGCGUUACCUACUUUCUAUUAGUAGUGAGUUAAAGUUUUUAUUCAUUAUUUUGUUUAGAAUAUGUGUAGAUAUUAUAUUAAUAUUUGAACACUGUACAGGACCACAUGUUGACGUAUCUCAAAUAGUUAACUACACUUGUCCAUGACAUGUAUUGUUCACGGCUUGAACCGACUGUUAUGGUCUCUGUACACGCUCAAGUAGCUUGACUUGUGCAUCUCUUUAUUGAGUUUGUGAAACGACAAAGACGAUAUAGUUCUGUUUCUACACUACAAAUUGUGAAAAGUAUAGGUUUGACUCUAGAAACUUGAUCGUUUACAGACCUCUUUAAUAUUUGUAUUUCUUUGCCAAAUACAAAUAUUAAACAUAUAAUAUAUUAAUAAUAAUAAAAUCUAAAGCAUACAUAAGACUAAGUGUUGUUAAAACUAAUUAUUUUUUUAUAAAUUUAUAAAAUAUUUUUCAUAUAAAAUAUUUUGUGACUGAUUAAAUUGUUCAUAGCAUGUUGGUGCUAUGAAAUGUCUCAUUUGUUAAUUCUAGGUACCUGUACUCGAUAGAUAUAAUAAUGUACAUAAUUGUACACUUUGUAUAUAAAUUUACUAGUUAGAGUAUAUUAAUCUAAUUUGUCAUUUUACAACUUGUGCAUUUGUUGAAAUAGCAAAAAAAAAAUCAAGAGGGAGCUUCCCGUGAAACUAUGUCUGCAUCGAUAAAUUUUAUAUGAAUAACAAACAAACCUAUUUCAGCUUUGAAGUAUUUUGACAUUUUUUUUUCAAAUUAAGAACUCAGCGUAAAAGAAUAAUAUGAUUUCAAAAACUAAAAUAGGUUCAUGAGAGAUUUGACGUUUUUUUUUAUAAAUAAGGGGUUUACAUGCCCCAUUAUUUACGCGGAUUAAUAUUUCAAUUCUACAGGAGUGUUUGUGUAAUACGUGCGUAGAAAUUACAGAGACAUUUCGAUUAUUAUACAAGUAGCGUCAAAUUCUUAUGAAGUAAUCAGUGAUUAUCAAAGAAAUAAUUAAUACAAUUCUAUAAUAAAAUAAUUUAGAAAAAUACAUCAAAUAUCAAAGUACAAUUAUAUUAAUGUUUGUCAUUUCAUAGAUGUUAUAAUAACACUUGUUAAUCAAUGGCCUUUUCAAUUUAAUUUUGAACAUAUUCGUGUUUAGUGUUUUAUAUUUUUCUGAAAUUUUAUUUUACCCUUUUGGGGCCAUACGUAUGAUACUUAUUCUGAUGUUGAUUUUUAAUAGAUUUUUUUCAAAAUGGGAAGCUGAAAUUUAUUUGUAACUUUUCUAUGGCCUCAGUAUAUUUUUAAUAUUACUAAUGACUUCGGUUGGACCGUGUAGUUAUGUUGCAAAUGUCAACAAUUAUCACCGCACUAGUACAGUGUGUAAGUGCGCCAUUUUGAAAUAGGUAUAUAUAAGAAUUUAACAUAUAAAAUAGACAUUAGCAUUUACUGGAAGCACCUUCUUAUUUUGUAUAAAAACAAAAGUGAGUUGUAAAAAGUAAGAAAUAAAUGUCUCCAACAGGGGAAUGUGGCAUUUAUUCCUAUUUUAUUUUUUAAUUACUGUCAAAAUAAUCACCUAACGAUAAUCAAUAGGUGAUUAUUUUGACAGUAUUAGUUUAUAUAUUAGUGAUAGUAUUAAUUUGACAGCAUUUUAUUGUGUUAUCUGUUCAGAGUUUCCUUUUUUAAAAUUUGCCAUUAUCAGUGGUGUGUUUGCAAUAGUGAUGUUUUGAAUACAAACGGUUCAUUAGUUCAUCACAACAAAUAAUUCAGUAUCAUAAUAGAGUGAGAAAAACUUUUUUUAAGAUUGUUUCUAUAUGUGCUCUUAACGCUUUUUAUUUUCUUUACAAUUUAUUUUUUUAGAAUGUAAGAUAAAUAUUGUUUGGAUGACGUGGACUCGAUCCAGACGUUGAUCAUAUGCAUCGUUUAACUAAUUGAUUGUCUCACGUGUCAUCAAUGUUGUGAUUCACAACAACUGCUAGUAUAAGUAUAAAUGAUGUAGUCAUUAGUUUAUUGUUGGCCUAUAACUUGUUUACCUCAAACUGUUGUUGAUUAUCGCUAUUGAUUUAUACUGUGAUAAAAUAUUAGCUGAAAUCCAUAAUAAAA